AUGCGUGCUUGCCGUUCCCAGGUGUCCCUAGAUACCGUCGGCUUCCAAGUUUAUCAAGUAAACACAGAGAUGGAGUACGCAGACUUCCAGGAUAACACCAAGAUCGAGCAAAGCAUUGGCUGCGAAUUCCGUCCGCGCCCUGGACUUUCAGGUCAGUCUGCGACCACCCAUCUCCAUCUCGUACCCGAGAUUGACGCCCCCUGGAAGGUGAGACGCAAGGUCCCGGGAUUUCCGCAUUUUGGGGGCAGACUGCCCCCACGGCCUCAGCCAAGCCUCCUUACUCACGUCGACGUGACGCCAAACGCCGCGAGGACGAUUAUCCAGGAGCUCUACAAGGAGGCCGCCGAGGAGAUCCUGAAGUCGCGGUACCAAAUCAUAACUUCACAGCACAGUGUGUGGAAGCCGUGCCGGCUCCCAAUCCACGACUGGCCUCUCGCUCUUUGUGACGCAACCAGUGUCAGCGCAGAGGACUUGGUGCCUACGGACAUCAUCUACCCCAAGUUCAUCGCCGAGAACUACAUGCUCCACCACAAUGAGAACCAGACGUGGUACUGGCUCCCCGACCAUCGCGCCGACGAAGUCCUUGUCUUCAAGGCCCAUGAUUCCGAGGGCUCCACUUCCAGCCCGUGUCCUCAUGGUGCGUUCCCGCUUCCUGGUCACAGUGACAAUGCUCCACCGAGGGAGAGUGUGGAUGUUCGGUUGCUGGUCAUGUAUGCCGACGUGGAGUACCCAGCAGCCACUUCCUGGUCGGAUCAGGGUAUACCUUGA